AGGUCAAACAAACAAAACUAACUUAAGCUCGAAACAUAGCAAACGCAAAAGUACAACUGACCUUCCAUACAUGAAACAAAGGGAACUUAUAUACUGGCUGGUCAGACCAGGUUUAACACCCAGGGGGAGACUAACAAUUACUAAUAUAUAAACUACAAAAUAGCAAAAGAAAACUUCUAAACACUUACUCCAAAAGAAAUAUACUCAUAAUUAACAUUAACUGAAUAAAUGUACUAAAUACAAUACAAAUCAAAACUCAAAUAUCUUAAGGAAAAAUAAAACUAACCCCCCCUGACAUAACAAACAUUGGUAGAGUCCAAUUUGGGCCACCACCCCUAUAAAGCAUCUGUUAUUCCAAACGCCACCCCUUUGUCCCAGCAGCCUGCAGGGUGUGGACUCCGUAACACUGGUAAGCGCUUUUAAGAUGGCUGUGUGGCCACGGCUGCGGCCAUCACAGGGAAGAAACCACCAAAAAGAAGGGACUGAGGGAAUGAAAGGGAGGGAAGACGAUGAACCGACAAGAACCAAAGAAAGCACAAAGACUAAAUACAUAAGCCGUGGCUCGUUUCUCUCCAUGGCCCAGGUCUCUCUGCUGCUGCUGCUGCCUUCUGCACUGUCUCCGCUUACAGAGUGACAUCACUGGAGUUUCCCCACUGCAGAAGCCGCUGCCACAGCAUAAAUACUACAAGCUCUCUGGCAGAAGUUCACUCUAAACACAAUAGCAACACAAAGAAUCACCACAGAGCACUGGAAGCACCUGAGGACACAGCAUCCAGCCAAGUGUUUUAGUUUGUAGAUUUUUUCCUAAACUGCAUCAGUAAACCCUCAGAGUUGUGCACAGUAUGCUGGCCUACACAACAGCACCAAGUGACGUGGAGAUGGGUCAUGAGGAGAAGACUGUGGUUUUGGUUGAAAAGAAGUCCUCCACUGGGCGGAUAUGGACGAUGUCCGUGGCCCUUCUCGCUGUGGCCCUUUGUUUUGGAGGCGUCCUGCUGUUUGCUUUGUACUGGAGUGGAAGGCCGGAAAGUAUGACACAACCAGGCCAGACGGAAGCGCUAGUCAAGAAGGACACUGCUGAGAAAGAUCCCCACUACACGUUGAGGCAAAUCAGCAGCAAAGCCAAGGCAGCCAUCCACUUAGAAGGUAACUACGUAGACGGCGAGAGUAUGCAAGGCCAGCUGAAGUGGAGAAAAGAUCAAGGCCAGGCGUUCGCUCAGGGCGGCUUCCAACUGGUGAACAACGAGAUCAUUAUCCCACAAACCGGCCUCUACUUUGUCUACAGCCAGGCGUCGUUCAGAGUGGUCUGCAGCGAUGGCGACGAGGAGGGAGCGGGAAAACACAUCACACCUCCCAGCCACAGGAUCUGGCGCCACUCCGACUCCUUGGGUGGCAAAGCCUCUCUGAUGAGCGCAGUGAGGUCGGCGUGCCAGAACACUGCUCAGGAGGACAGCUACAGUGACGGACAGGGCUGGUACAACGCCAUUUAUCUGGGUGCAGUGUUUCAGCUGAACAAAGGAGACCGACUGUGGACGGAAACCAACCAGCUAUCGGAGCUGGAGACCGACGAGGGCAGGACUUUCUUUGGGGUGUUUGCACUUUGAAAUGACUCUUUGCUGUGAUACUAACAGAGACAAUACAAAGCUCUGCACAGUGCCAUCAUUUUUGGCGUUUUUUUAACAUAAUGUAUGUUUUUAAUAUUAUUAUUAUUAUUAUUAUUAUUAUUAUUAUUAUUAUUCAUCUUCAUGGUGAUGCAGUAGUGUUUCAAUCUCAAUGGAGAUAAAGCUUGUAGCCAAACAGGCAGUGCAGAUUUUUUUAAAUCCUAUAAACUGUAACAGUUUGCAACAUUAUUUAUGUUUUAGGCACUUUUUGUACAUUAUUUAAGCUGACCUGAGAUUGUAGUAGGCUAGACUUUCUCUGCUAGACAAAGCUCUUCACUGGAGAGUUUAGGUUCGAGGAUUAUGUACAGAACUAUUAUUACAACUUGUAUGUAUUUAUUUGUAUUUAUUUAUAUUUAUUUAUAUUUAAAUUGUUGGGGUAGGUGUUAAAAA